AUGCGCCGAGAGCUUAAUAUCGUUCCUCGUUCUAGCAGCACUCCGUUAUCCCCGCCCCUCCAGCGCCUUCUCUCGGCUCUCCACGCCUGGCUUGCUGCGUCCGCUGCGCCGGAUGCCGCGCCGGUGGCUCCGCCAGCGGCGGGGGGGCGGGCGGAGGCCGUAGGGCGGGGCUGCGCGAGGAAGCCCGCGCGCGUGCGCGUGGUGAGGGCAGCGGAGGCCGUGAGUGAGGGGAUGCUGGCGGAGGGCGCACGGGGAGGGGGAGGUGCUGAUGGGAAGGGGAAUGGAAUCGACAAUGAGAAUGUGGGUGAUGCUAACGAGUAUGUGACUAAUGCGAAGGGGAACGCAGAUGAUGGUGUGGAUGCAGGAGCAGAAGACAGCCUGGCAUGGCAGGUGCUAUGUGGUACUGAUGCGCCUCGGCUGAUGGUCCAAGCCAUGGCUGCUGCAAGGUACGAUGAGGCUAGGCCGUCAGAUGAUGCAGCAGCGGCAGCAGCAGCGGCAGCAGCAGCAGCAGCAGCAGCAGCAGCAGCAGCAGCAGCAGCAGCAGCAGCAGCAGCAGCACCACCACCACCACCACCGCCACCAGAAGCAGCAGCAGCACCACCACCACCAGCAACAUGCAUGGGUGCUUUUUGCACGGAGAGGCAGUGCCACCAGCCGUGUCUGCUAGCACACCUCUGCUCCCUCCUACACUCGCCUCCUUCCUCCCUUUCCUCCCCCUCGGCUUCUUCUCCCUCGCGGGCCGCCACCACUGCAGCAGCGCGCUGCAUGGCUGACGUGGCGUCGUCGCCUCUCGGGGCCCACCUGGCUCGUCAACACAACGCCCUGCACGCGCUGCUCUCUUCCCUGUGCGUCCUGCUAAGUUGUGACACUUUUCAGAAGACGUCUAUCUACACGCGGUUUACACCAGCUGAUGCAUUGUGCAACUUCACUUCUCCCUCUCGGGGCCCACCUGGCAUGCCAACACAACGCCCUGCAUGCGCUGCUCUCUUCUCUGUGCGUCCUGCUACAUACCCUGCCCUUCUCCCUCUGCUGUGUUCUCUGCUCUAUACCCCGCCCGUUGUGCUCCUCCCCCGAUGUCUAGCGUCAUGGCAGAGAGAUGAUGGGGGGGAGGCGGACGCACAGAAGGGACGAAAAGGAAGAAGUGGGGAAUGUGGAGAGACGGAGAGGGAGGAGGAGGAGGAGGAGGAGGAGGAGGAGGAGGAGGAGGAGGAGGAGGAGGAGGAGGAGGAGGAGGAGGAGGAGGAGGAGGAGGAGGAGGUGGAGGAGGAGGAGGAGGAGGAGGAGGAGGAGGAGGAGGAGGGGGAGAAGGAGGAGGAAGGGGAAAAUGAGAGGAGUGCAGAGGCCCUGGCGGUACUCCGCCGGGAAUACUCCCGUAUUCUCAGAAAGGACAACUCGUGCCGCCCGCAGCAGUCUCAGCUGGAUGGCAGGCGGUGUCAUCUAGCGGCUGUGAUGGCAUGGGUGGGGAUGGCGCUCGCUGUAAAGGCAAGGGGCGGGGAGAAUGGCGAUGCAGCAGAGGAAGCGAUGGUGGAAGCAAAGGGAGAUGUGCCUGAACAAUGGAUGCAUGCAGAAGCAUGUGGCAAGGGAGUCUGUGUGCCUGAAGCGAGUGUGGCUGAAGCGAACACGGGUGCAGACGCAUGCAGCAGGCGGGCAGAGCAGCUGCUGGGCAUCACAUCGAGCUCAUGGUCCGCCUUCCUGUCCACUGUAUGGGAGAAGCGCCCCUUCCUCUUCAGAGCGCGUGGGGGAAAAAGGGACGUAGAAGAUCAGUUACUCCCUCAUCAGCACUCUUCUCUCAUACCAAAUGAAAACCCUUCCCGUCCCUCACGCCAUCACUACGUGAGGCGCAUGGAAAAUGGCCGACUCUCUCUCACAAGUCAGGGCCCUUCCCUCGCAGCUCUAAUCCACGCCAUUCCGCACCUCGGAACUGCCUAUGGGCUCCUGGAUUUUUUUCUACCCGGGGCAGCGUACUGCCCGGGAAUGAGCGCGGAUGAAGCCGACCCGUUUGCUGCUCUGAGGGACAUGGCCGUGGCAGGCGAGCUUGGGCGGCCUCUCUUGUCCUCACCUGACGUGUCCUUUGUUUGUUCGCAGCCGUCUGCUGUGGGGGGAUCUGCAUGUCAUCACCAUGCUUCAGAGACUGCAGCAGAGGAUGAAGUAGCAGAAGAGGGGGAAGCAGCAGCAGAGGGACGACGAGCGUGCAAGCGCAGGCGUGUCACUGCAACCACCCUGCCGUCCGCAUCCCUGCUGUGUGUAGCCCAACCAGCUUCAGCCCUGGCAUCAUCUAUCUCCCCAGCGUCAACGCACCAGCACACCUCGCCAACCGUACCGAGCAUGUCAACCAACUCAGCCCCACCAUACCGCCCAACCCUCCCAGCCUACCCACCAUCGAACCCCUUCCAUACAGCCUUCUCUCGAGGCAGCACCAUCGCUCUCCGCAGUGUCAACUGCCGCUCGCCUGCUGUGGCGUCCCUCGCACACGCCAUCGCUGCCGCCCUCUCCCUGCCAGCUGUCGGGGUCAACCUAUACCUCACGCCGGGCGGCGGGCGGCAGGGCUUGUCUCAACACUGGGACGACCACUGUGUGCUGGUGUGCCAGGUGAGCGGGCGCAAGCGGUGGCGGGUGUUCCGCCCCAAGCCAGGGAACGAGCUGCCCCGCCUCUUCUCCGUGCCUGGGCUUGAAUCAGCCCAUGCUGCGCUUGAAUCAGCCCAUGCUGCGCUUGAAUCAACCGGCACAGGCGCACGCACAGCAGGAAGAGAAUCGGAUUCCAAUACAGCGGCUGAUGAAGCUAGAGGGGGGAAUGCUGUGGCAGAGCGUGGCGGUGGUGCGAGCGACCAAUGUGGAGUGCAGGAGGGAGGAAAAUCAGGCGUGGAAGCUCAUGAGAACGUCGCAAAGCAAUGUGCAAUGCGUGAGGGAGAAAGAAAACUGGCCCAAGCAGGUGGCGCUGAUGCUGGUGGGGAGGGGGCGCAUUGUAAGGCGCCUCAAGACAAGCAGGGGGAGGAGGAGGAGGAGGAGGAGGAGGAGGAGGAGGGGGGGUGGGUUCCAAUAGGGCGGCAAUUUAAACUGAGACAAGGAGAUGUGCUUUACAUCCCCAGAGGGUACCCCCAUGAGGCUUGCACUCCCUGUGAGGCCACCUCAGUCACUCCAGUCAGGUCCCAGCAACCCCUUGGUCUACACUCACAUGAGGAGCCCUCCUUGCAUCUCACCUUCGCUCUUGAAGUGGACGCUCCUUACACCUGGGAGGGUUUUUUCCAUGCAGGGCUGCGAUGCUGGUCGCACUCCCUCCCUCCCCAACGCAAGCUUCAAAUUCUAAACUCACUGGAUUGUAAGGAGGGAAGAGCAGGGAGUGAAGAGGAAAGGGGAAUUGCUGGAGCGAGUCUGUGCCAAGCAGGAGACACCUUCCCAGACCUGCGUGCCUCCUGCACAGCUACCGUUCUGCACCCCUCUUCACCCACCAACAUGUGCCCGACAACCAACUAUGGCUGUUUCUCACAUGUGCUUCACCUGCUGGAGCAACCACAGGCGUUUUCAUGCCCCCUGCAGCCUCUUUCCCAGCUUCUUGAAUCCAUCAACCACAGUGCAGACAAAGACCACUGGGUGCCUCUUGCAAGAGAGUAUGUUCGGUGUAAAUAUGGCCUGCAGCUGUGGAAUUAUCAAGUGAUGGAGGCUGCACUGGCAACGCUGCAGGUUGAUUGA